AUGCUUAAUAAUUAUUUAAAUCCCAUGCUAGCAACCAUCUCCAAAAACCUUACUCCCCCCCAUCCUUGAUCGAACGAUUGACUGUGAAAAUUCCUAAAAAUUGGGGAAUUAACCCCCAUCUUUGAUCGAACGAUUUUCAUAUCAUGCAAAUUUUUAUGUAUAUAAAAAAUAUAUUAGCUAUCAAAAGCUUGGGAAGAUGUGCCUAAUGGAGUUGUUUUCAGAGGCUUUGAGAUGAUAGGAAGCUACGAAAUCAACCAUUCGAGGUGCUUUAGUCAUCAGCCUGGGCUUAAAAACUCAAUAAUCUAAAAAAUAUAGAUUCUUUAAAAUUUAAAAAAAAUAAAUGUUAAUUCAAUAAGGAACAAAUUAAAAUUUAUGCAGGUUAAAGGGGUAACCAAAAAAUCAAAAUAUUAAAAAACUGGUAAUCUUAUGAAAUUAAUUCAAUUUUUGUGUAAAAAUAAUUAUUAAAUACUGUUAACCCUCUUAUUUAAAAGCAUAUAAAAAAAAACAUAUAUUUUUUAUUUUAUAAAUUUUUUUUAACCUCCAUCCUUGAUCGAACGGCUCGCAAUCGUUCGAUCAAGGAUGGGGGGAAGUUAGCAAUAUACCAAACCCUAUGCUGAGACAGAGUUCUCCUAAUUCCAAUAGCAACCAAGAUAACCCAAUGUCUAUCAAAGCUAUAAUAGCUGCUAACUCCCUCCUCUAAGCGAGCAAAACCUUCGAAAAAUCCCUAUUUUUUGCCCCAAAAACCAAUCCUUGUGAGCGAACAAAUAGUUUUUUUAAGAAUAAUUAUUUUGAUAUAUAAGUAAUAAGUAUUAUAAUAAAAUCUCUAGCUAAUUAUAUUUAAUUUUUAACAGCUUGCACUUUAAAACAUAAAUUUUGCAAAUUAAAUUAAGUUUUACUUCUCAAUUUUUUAAUUAUUUUUAAAUUUGGAUUAUAAAAUUUUAUAUAUAUUUUAAAAAAAAAUUAACCCUCUCCGUGAUCGGACAAAAAUUUAUUCGCUCACAGAGGAGGAGUAAGAAAAAAGCGACAGAAACCGACUUCAAGGCAAAAUAUAAGACCGAAAUGUGUAAAAAUUGGGAAAUUGGGUGCUGUGAAUUCGGCGAUCAGUGCGCAUUUGCCCAUGGAGAAGCUGAACUCAGAAGCAAAACUGGAAUAAUUAAAAAAUAUAAGACUAAAAAGUGCAAACAAUUUUACGAGCAAGGAUAUUGCAUUUAUGGAGGAAGAUGCCAAUUCAGGCAUAGAGAUGCUUCACCCGAAACAGCUGAAAGCUCGCCAAUUCCUUGCAAAAUGCCUGAUAAAUUUAGUUCAAUUGAAGUAACUAAACGAAGACUUCCGAUAUUUAUUGACUUGGAAAGUCGUGAAAUUUAG